ACCCUCUCCAGACCAAGUGACAUGACAACAUAACCCUACUUUUUUGUUUUGAUCUGUUUACAGUGUUUACUGAAUUUUAAAUUUCAAAAACCAGAGAAACCUAUCAGUCCCUAAUUAAAACCACAAACAACUCGCCUCUAAAAUAGCCGGGCUUCAUUGGGCAAAUAGACCCCGCAAACCACACAGGAAGGAGCAACUUAGAAAGAAUGAAUAACUCAUUAUUUAUCAGUGCCUACUGCAAACAAGAACAAUAUUUUGUAGACAUAAAAACUUUUAUAAUAAUUAAUAUUUACCAAUUAGCAGGGCCUUGCCCUUUACAACUAAAACUGAAAAUCCUGAAAAAAGAACCAAUUAACAAGACUAACUAUAUUUCAUUAAGUUUAGCUGAAAUUAAUUUUGAAAUUAUUACUACUACUAACAGUGAGCUAACAUCUCUAAGUAAAUGGCCCAUAAUAUUAAUAAAUAACAACUAUGUAGUAUCAGGCCUAUGUUCUGUAGCCAGACAAAUAUGUAAACUCAGCAAAAAUUCAAACGUUCAACAAUUAUUGGGUUUUCGUGAGGCUUGUUUGGUAGCAUGUGCUGAAAGCUCAAUUUGGACCAAGUUUUGCGAAAUUGACAUUCCCAACACAAUAGAGAAGCUUAUAAGUAAUGAUUUUGUAUCAAAUAACUCAUUCACUUUGCCUCAUGAUGUUUUAAAAUAUGAAAAUCAUUUGUCUCAACCAGUAAGGAUACAUAACAUUUUCAAAAUAGCCAGGGACACUCAAAAUGAUCAAAGUAUUAAAAGCUCAACCGCAAGAAAAGAGUUGAGGGUGCUUCAUGAUUAUGCCGAAGGCCCUUAUAUUACUUUAUCUGAUGUGAUUUUGUUUGCUUGCUUUGAAAUAAUUUUUAAAUAUUGCCAGAAUAUUUCAAUUGAGUCUAAAAUACCUCUCACAAUGGAGUGGUUCAAUAGACAAAACUCAAAAAUAAUCUCAUUUAGUUUACCAAUUCCAUUGCCAAAAUUGGAAAAUAUAAUUAUUGUACCUGAAAUAAAUAAUGUUAGUUUAUAUAAUGCUGAUCCAACGAGAAUAGUUUCAACCAAGCACACAAAACAAUACAAAAUUGAAUCUGCUUUAGAUUUAUUAAAAACCUCUAAUAUAAAAAACAAUAAUUUGCCUUUCCGGUAUGAUAUUGAGUUUAAUUGGAAUUGUAUUCCUCUUGAAGCUAAUCCACAAGGUGGGGCUUUGCCCGCUAAACGUGCCAAUAGAAAAUGCGAACAAUUAGAAAAUUUAAUCAAAGCCACAAUAGCUGUGGUUGGCAAUAAAACAUAUAAAAUAGUCGAUUUUUGUAGUGGCAGUGGACAUUUAGGCAUACUAAUUGCUUUAGUAUUACCGAAAUGUGAAAUUAUUUUAGUUGAAAAUAAAGAAAGAUCUCUAGCAAGGGCUAGAGAAACUAUUACAAAAUUAAACCUAAAUAAUAUCAUAAUAGUGCAAUCAAAUUUGGAUUAUUUUGUGGGUACAUUUGACUUGGGCUUAGCUUUACACGCUUGUGGCGUAGCCACCGAUUUAGUUCUUCAAAUGUGCAUUAAAAAUAAAGCAGAUUUUGUUUGUUGUCCUUGCUGUUAUGGUGGCAUAAAACAGUGCCACGAAGUUUCGUAUCCGCGAAGCGAAAAUUUCAAAAAUGUGUUUGACAAAGCCGAAGAGCAAUAUUUCAAUUUGGCGCAUGCUGCAGAUCAAACUCACGAUCCAGAAAACCUGAAAACUAAACAGGGCUAUUUUUGUAUGGACGUUAUCGAUACCGAUAGGCAACUUUACGCUCAACCUUACGGGUAUGAAGUGCAUUUAGGUAAAUUACAGCCUGUGACUUGUACGAAUAAAAAUAAUUUGUUGGUUGGGGUUUAUAAUAAAAUCGAUUGACGUUUUCAUGGAGCUUUUAUUUUAGGUGUAAGAAUUUAGUACUUAUGAGGUCUCAAAACCUACAAAUUAUUUAGUAAUUUUUGGGUUUAUUGUAGAGAGCUAGAGGGAGAAUAAUAUUUCAAAAGGAUUGAAUAAGUAAACUCAAGAAGUAUUUUAAUUGAAAGUAACACAAGAAAAUCAGAAAUUCCUAAUAUACCUGGAAGUUUAGUAGGUAUAGUUUACCUCGCUCCAUGUUUCCAGUACUUCAAUAAACUAUUGGAAUGAGAAUGAAAAAAUAUCCAGGCCAAGAUACAUUAUCAUUUUGUCUUAUACCUUAAUAUUUACCAAUUAGCAGGGCUCUCCCCUGUACAACUAAAGCUUAAAAUCCAAGAACCAAUUUAACAAUACUAACUAUAUUCUCAUUAAAUUUAGUUAAAUUAAAAUUAAUUUUGAAAUUAUUACUACUACUAUCAGUGAGCUAACAUCUCUAAGUAAAUGGAGAAUAAUAUCGAUAAAUAGUAAC